UGCAGCAAGGAUUCCUAGCACAUCCCGGUUGCCAUAGCAACAGCAGCCUUUCCCAUAAUGAGCUGCAUCAUCUGAACUGAUGUCACAGCAUCAUGCAGCAGGUCAAACAAGGCAUCUCCUAGUAUUGCAUCCUACAGAUGUGCUGUAAACAUCAAAAGAAGACGGCUGGAGCAGGAGAUGCUGUUUUGGAAAGAAGUAAGGCUUAGAUUUCUCCAUGUUAACCAUGAGCGUGACGCUUUCCCCACUGAGGUCACAGGACCCGGAUCCCAUGGCCACUGAUGCCUCGCCUAUGGCCAUCAACAUGACCCCUACUGUGGAGCAGGGAGAAGGAGAGGGAGAAGAGGCCAUGAAGGACAUAGAUGCUGAGCCGCAGUACGGAAAGCCGCCCCCACUGCACACAGCAGCUGACUGGAAGAUCGUCCUACACUUGCCUGAGAUUGAGACCUGGCUCCGGAUGACCUCAGAGAGGGUCCGUGACCUCACCUACUCGGUCCAGCAGGAUGCAGACAGCAAGCAUGUGGACGUGCAUCUAGUUCAGCUCAAGGACAUUUGUGAAGAUAUUUCCGACCAUGUCGAGCAGAUCCACGCCCUCCUUGAGACGGAGUUCUCCCUGAAGCUGCUGUCCUAUUCGGUCAAUGUCAUUGUAGACAUCCACGCAGUCCAGCUGCUCUGGCACCAGCUCCGAGUGUCCGUGCUGGUCCUCCGGGAGCGCAUCCUGCAAGGGCUGCAGGACGCCAAUGGCAACUACACCAGGCAGACCGACAUUCUGCAAGCGUUCUCCGAAGAGACAAAGGAGGGCCGGCUUGAUUCUCUUACAGAAGUGGAUGACUCAGGGCAGCUAACUAUCAAGUGUUCACAGAAUUACUUGUCUCUGGACUGUGGUAUCACUGCGUUUGAACUGUCGGACUACAGUCCGAGUGAGGAUCUGCUUGGCGGCCUGGGUGACAUGACCUCUAGCCAGGCCAAAACGAACCCUUUUGACUCUUGGAGCUACAGCGAGAUGGAAAAGGAGUUCCCGGAACUUAUCCGAAGUGUUGGGUUGCUAACCGUGGCCGCUGACCCUGUCCCUUCCAGCUGCGAGACAGCCAGUGAGGACGCACCUCAAGAGCAUCUUUCAGAAGAGAAUAAAAGUGAGCAGGAGGAACACAGUGCUUCAACAUCUGGAGAGCAGCCGGGCUCAACAUCAGGGAUGCGGUCCUUAGGAGACGCGCUGACAAACGCGGCGGAACACCCUUCGGAGACCACAAAGCAAGACCCCAGUUCCUCCCCACAGCUGAGUGCAAAGAAAACCCAGUCUGUUCCUUGUGAAAUUAUGACUCCCAAGAGAUCCAUCCGCGAUUGCUUUAAUUAUAAUGAGGACUCUCCCACACAGCCCACGCGGCCCAAAAGAGGACUUUUCCUCAAAGAAACUCGCGUGAGUGAGCGGAAAGGCAGCGACGGCAAGAGGCAGCUGGUUGACCUGAAUCCAGAGUUGAGCAGAAGCACUCCUUCCCUGGUGGACCCCCCUGACAGAUCUAAACUCUGCUUAAUAUUACAGUCUUCCUACCCCAGCAGCCCUUCGGCUGCCAGCCAGUCCUAUGAAUGCUUGCAUAAGGUGGGGAUUGGCAAUCUUGAAAACAUAGUCAGAAGUCAUAUUAAAGAAAUUUCUUCCAGUUUGGGAAGGCUUACUGACUGCCAUAAAGAGAAAUCGCGACUAAAAAAACCACACAAGACCUCGGCAGAGGUACCUCUGUGCCAAAACCCUAAACGAGGAACUGGUUCGGGAAUGCAAGCCCAGACCACCAGGGGCUCAGCAGUGCCGAGCAUGGUGCCUCCUGGGGCUCCCAAAGACACAGUGAGACCAGAAACGGAUUCUGCAUCAACAUCCUCCUUCGAGCUGCCCCAUCAGAGAAACUGGAGCCGGCUCUUGCCAGCGCAGUCCGAGGUCUCCAGCUCACCCCCUCGCAGCCAUAGCAGUGAAUCCUCUGUUGGGUCCGAUAGCAGCAGAGCUCCAGCUCCUCUUCUUUCAGAGAGUGAAAGCCAAAAAGAUGGCUCCCCUGCUCCAAGUCACAUCACCCAGAACAGUCAGGAGGAGGAGGCCUGGUACGGCUCUGAUGAAUACCUAGCGCUACCGUCCCACCUGAAACAGACAGAGGUGCUGGCCCUGAAGCUGGAAUCUCUCACCAAGCUUUUACCUCCGAAACCCAGAGAGACGGUCCAGAACAUCGACGACUGGGAACUGUCCGAAAUGAACUCUGACUCGGAAAUCUACCCAACAUACCACAGCAGGAGAAAACACACAAGGCUAGGCAGGGUGUCCCCAAGCUCAUCCAGUGACAUAGCUUCUUCUCUCGGGGAGAGCAUUGAAUCCGGGCCCCUGAGUGACAUUCUUUCUGAUGAGGACCUAUGCGUGCCCCUCUCUUGCAUGAAAAAAUACACGGAUGAGAAAUCAGAGAGGCCUUCGUCCUCUGAGAAGAACGAGAGCCAUUCUGCUACAAAAUCAGCUUUAAUUCAGAAGCUCAUGCAAGAUAUUCAACACCAAGACAACUAUGAAGCCAUAUGGGAAAGAAUAGAGGGCUUUGUGAACAAGUUGGACGAAUUCAUCCAGUGGCUACAUGAAGCCAUGGAGACCACAGAGAACUGGACUCCUCCUAAGGCAGAGACAGAUAGCCUUCGGCUGUACCUGGAGACACACUUGAGUUUCAAGUUGAACGUGGACAGUCACUGCGCUCUCAAGGAAGCCGUGGAGGAGGAAGGACACCAACUCCUGGAGCUCAUUGCAUCGCACAAAGCAGAAGGACUGAAGGACAUGCUGAAGAUGAUUGCAAGUCAAUGGAAGGAGCUGCAGAGGCAAAUCAAAAGGCAGCACAGCUGGAUUCUCAAGGCUCUGGACACCAUCAAAGCGGAGAUACUGGCUACUGAUGUGUCUGUGGAGGACGAGGAGGGGACGGGGAGCCCCAAGGCUGAGGUGCAGCUCUGCUACCUGGAAGCACAGAGAGAUGCUGUCGAGCAGAUGUCCCUCAAGCUCUACAGCGAGCAGUACUCCAGCGGCAGCAAGAGGAAAGAAGAGUUCGCUGACAUGUCCAAGACGCAUUCGGUGGGAAGCAAUGGGCUUCUGGACUUUGAUUCAGAAUAUCAGGAGCUCUGGGAUUGGCUGAUUGACAUGGAGUCCCUCGUCAUGGACAGUCACGACCUGAUGAUGUCAGAGGAGCAGCAGCAGCACCUGUACAAGCGGUACAGCGUGGAAAUGUCUAUCCGGCACCCGAAAAAGACAGAGCUGCUGAGCAAGGUGGACGCUCUGAGGAAAGGUGGCGUCUCUCUACCAAAUGAUCUCCUGGAAAAAGUGGAUUCAAUUAAUGAAAAAUGGGAGCUGCUUGGGAAAACCCUAAGAGAGAAGAUACAGGACCCGGUGGCAGGACAGAGUGCAUCAGGCCCACGUGACCUGCUGUCUCCUGAGAGUGGAAGCCUGGUAAGGCAGCUGGAGGGCAGGAUCAAAGAACUGAAGAGGUGGCUAAGAGAUACGGAGCUUCUCAUCUUCAAUUCCUGUCUGAGACAAGAGAAGGAAGGAAUGAGUGCCGAGAAACAACUCCAAUACUUUAAGUCUCUCUGUCACGAGAUCAAGCAGCGUCGUAGAGGGGUGGCCUCCAUUCUGCGGCUGUGCCAGCACCUUCUGGAUGACCGCGACACCUGUAAUCUGAAUGCGGACCACCAGCCCAUGCAGCUGAUCAUUGUAAACCUCGAAAGAAGGUGGGAAGCCAUUGUCAUGCAAGCCGUCCAGUGGCAGACGCGGCUACAAAAGAAGAUGGGAAAAGAACCCGAGUCUUUGAAUGUGAUUGACCCUGGCUUGAUGGACCUGAAUGGCAUGAGUGAAGAUGCCCUAGAGUGGGAUGAGACAGAUAUAAGUAACAAGCUAAUUAGUUUGCACGAAGAAUCAAACGACCUUGAUCAAGACCCAGAGCCCCUCAUACCCUCAGUGAAUCUUGAAGAGACACGCCACCAGGACCCUGGUUAUGAGGAGGAGGCAGGUGACUGUGGGUCCCAGUAUACCUCAAACAUCACGGCACCCUCCAGCCCACAUGUUUACCAAGUAUACAGUCUUCACAACGUUGAACUCCACAAGGACAGCCACACGCCAUUUCUGAAAAGCAGCCCAAAGCUUAGAGGCCCCGCCCAGCCUGGUGUUUUAACUAAGAGCCUCAGUACGGAUUCUUCAUUUUCCUCCACAAAGUCGUUGCCAGAUCUUUUAGGGGGCACCAGUUUGCUGAGGCCUUGCCCAUGUCACAGUGGAGACGUGAGCCAGAAUUCGGGCAGCGAGAGUGGAAUUGUCAGCGAAGGAGACAAUGAGAUGCUUACCAACUCUGAAAUGUGUUUGUUCGGGAUGGUGGAUGGGUCCCCAAGUAACCCUGAAACCGAACAUCUGGACCCACAAAUGGGAGAUGCAGUCAACGCGUUAAAGCAAAAAUUUAAAGACGAGGACGAAUGCAUUAAGCUUCCAAAUAUCUCUCAGUCCUCCAUCUCACCAGCGGCUUGUGUAAAUGGAAAAGCUGGAGAUUUAAAUAGCGGUACCAAACACACCACCGAUUGUUUAGGAGAAGAAUUACAAGGAAAACAUGACGUGUUUACAUUUUAUGAUUACUCAUACCUCCAAGGCUCAAAACUCAAAUUACCAAUGAUAAUGAAACAGUCACAGAGCGGGAAGGCACAUGUGGAGGAUCCCCUUCUCUGUGGUUUUUAUUUUGAUAAAAAAUCCUGCAGAUCUAAACAUCAGGCUCCGGAGUUACAACAAGAUGCACCUCCCCAUGAGAGGAUUUUGGCAAGCGCGCCCCAUGAAAUGGGUCGCAGCUCGUAUAAAAGCGGCGACAAAGAAAAGACACUGGCGGGCAUUCAGAAUGCCAGACAGCUCUCCCUCGUCUCCCGUAGCUCAUCUGUAGAGUCCCUUUCUCCAGGGGGUGACUUGUUUGGGUUAGGUGUCUUUAAAAACGGCAGCGACAGCCUCCAGCGGAGUUCCUCUUUAGAGAGCUGGUGGACAUCCUAUAAGAGCAACGAAGAUCUUUUCAGCUGUCACAGUUCCGGGGACAUAAGCGUGAGCAGUGGCUCAGUUGGUGAGCUGAGCAAGAGGACAUUAGACCUCCUGAAUCGCCUGGAGAACAUCCAGAGCCCCUCGGAGCAAAAGAUAAAGCGAAGUGUCUCUGAUAUCACUCUCCAGAGCAGCUCCCAAAGGAUGUCUUUCACGGGCCAGAUGUCACUGGAUGUCGCGUCGUCUAUCAAUGAGGACUCGGCAGCAUCUCUGACAGAACUGAGCAGUAGCGAGGAGCUCUCCCUUUGCUCGGAGGAUAUUGUGUUACACAAAAACAAGGUCCCAGAGUCCAACGCGUCAUUCAGGAAGCGCCUGAAUCGCUCCGUGGCUGAUGAGAGUGACGUCAACGUUAGCAUGAUUGUUAAUGUCUCUUGCACCUCUGCUUGCACCGACGACGAAGAUGACAGUGACCUCCUCUCGAGCUCCACGCUCACCUUGACUGAAGAAGAGCUGUGCCUCAAAGACGAGGACGAUGACUCCAGUAUUGCAACGGACGAUGAGAUUUAUGAAGAAAGCCACCUGAUGUCUGGGCUGGACUACAUAAAGAAAGAACUGCAGACUUGGAUAAGACCGAAAUUUUCCUUGGCAAGAGAAAAGAAACCGUGUGGUGCCCCCGAUGAAAUAAAGGGCGAUAAAGAUGGGGGCCGCAGUGAGAAGGUCGACCCCUCAGACACCCUGAACAUCCAGGCCCGUCUGAACCGCUCCAUAAAAUGUCUCUCUGAAAACAAUGGAAAUGGAAAGAAUUCACCCAGAACUCGUGACUUAGGAACAGAAGGUGAAAACAAGAAAAAUAUUUACGGAGUUAGUAAAGAUCCCCACGUGGCUGACAUGGAAAAUGGCAACAUCGAAAGUACUCCAGAGAGACAGAAAGAGAAGCAGAAUGGGACUUUAGAGGCAUCAGAGAGCCUUGGUUUAGACGCGAAACAGAGCUCUGAAUCUGAGCACAGUGGGUGCGAAGCAUCAACGGACAGUUCAGAGGAUCCAAAUGUUGCUGGAAAGGAAUUCGGACCCCCAAGUGACAGGCAUCUUCCACAGACAGGCCCAAAUCUCCACCACUGUGAAAAUCAAAAUGCCCCCCGCAUGCCCGAUGAGAGCCCGUGCCCAGAACUGCUGUUAGGAACCAGAGUUGGAAGCAGACAGGACAGUGAUGGACUGAAAGCUUUGUCUAAUGAUGCACCAAGUGGGGCUGGAAAAUCUGCUGGUUGCUGCCUACUCGGACAAAAUGAGACAGAGGAAAGUGCUUCUAUCAGCAGCAGCACUUCCUGUUGCAACUGCCAGCCAGAUGUUUCCCAUGAAAAAGAUGCUGAAGAUUGUUCAGUGCACGACUUUGUUAAGGAAAUCAUUGACAUGGCGUCAACAGCCCUAAAAAGUAAAUCUCAACCUGAGAAUGAGGUGGCGGCCCCCACUUCACUAACUCAAAUUAAGGAGAAAGUGCUGGAACAUUCCCAUCGGCCCAUGCCCCUGAGAAAGGGGGACUUCUACUCCUACUUAUCUCUUUCAUCCCAUGACAGUGACUGUGGGGAGGUCACCAAUUACAUAGACGAGAAGAGCAGCACUCCAUUGCCACCGGAUGCUGUGGACUUUAGCCUCGAUGACAAGGAAGACAUCGAAUGCUUCUUUGAAGCUUGUGUUGAGGAUGAUCGUGAUGAGAAAGCCUGUUUUUCUAGUCCCCUUCCAGAUGAUCCUCUAGCUCCCGAGGAAGCUGCUGUGCCAAUACAAGUGACAGUCAGCUCUCCUGCGUUCAAUGAUGUUGCUUUCCCACUCAAUGAGACAGAAACAGUGGCUCUUUCAGGACCUUCCCCUCAGAAAGGAGGUGACAAUGGAAAGGAAGUGGAUGAUGCAUCCCAAACACCCCAGGGCUGUGCAAAAAGCUCAGAGCUUACCACUCCUUCAGGGCAGCCCAAUAAAGAUGGAGGUGCAAAGAUCCAAGGUGAAUCAGGAAUGCCAGAAGGCAAUAAUGCUACUUCAGCCAAAUCAAAAAUUCAAGCUCUCCCGUUGAAUGCAAAACAGCCAAAAGUCAAGACCAAGCUGUGUCCCAGCCCACAAACUUUAACUUGUAAAGAAAAGCUUGUAAACUUUCACGAAGAUCGACAUAGAAACAUGCAUAGGUAGAAUGUAAUGCCCCCAAGCAUGGAAAUCAUCUCAUUGAAAGAGCGAGCCUGGCUGCCGCUCAGGGCUGGCCUGAUCCACCCUGGGCUGGUCUUGGCUUCCAUCCUGCUGUCACUGACACCUGUCACAUUGACUUUCUGAAGAUGACCCACCUUUCCUCUGAACGGUCUGUCCAUGUGGGCCCUGUGAUCUGGAUGUGUGCAUCGCUUCUCUUUAGGUGACCUCUCAUGUCUACACAGCUGCUUGCUCUCCUAUGGAUUCCCGUCCCAAGCUACCUCUGCCAACCCUCUCUCUCCAGAGAGACCUCUGUUUGCCACCUCCUCUCCUGCCUCCCCUUUCAAGCUCUGCAGUUCACCAAAUUGGUGGUCCAUUAAACCCACUGUCUGGAAUGGCACCCCUCCCCGCCAGUGCUUGACCAAUUUGAUGUUUUGCUCUGAAAAUUUCCAUGGUAGUAUACCUUUGUUUAUUGAAAGAGAUUUACCUAAAAAGCCAGCCCUUGAUUUGGUUGUGGUAUAGAGGAGACAUAUUGGUCCUUGUUACAAAAUUAAAUGACAUUAAAAAGCAUCAUUUUAAUUAUUUCUUUUUAAUAAUGUUCUAUGCAGCACUUCACAAAACAACUCUGAUGGUGUUGUAUAUUGUAAAUUGGUACAUUCUACUGUUUUUUUUUUUGUUGUUGUUGUUGUUUUCUAUGCUUCUCGGGGUGGUAAUGAGAAAAACGUUGUUUUACUAACUGUGUGCCUUGCUGUCUUUCUUAUCCCAUUUAUGAAAAAGCUGCUUUCAUGGUAAUGGUAUGUUGAUCUGAGAGGAGGAAAUAGCAAGGUGAGGAUGUGUGAAUAAUUUCUGUACAUAUGUAUAAGCUAGUACAAACACUGAUGUAUGACAGUAUAAAAUGCUUUCAUGUUUGUGAUGUCCAGUGAUGUGGAGAAUAUAAGCCUUAAACCCAUUCAAAUGCAUGGUAAUUAAAAUUGGCAUAAUAAAAACAGUGUGUUGGGGGAAAGGAAAAUUAAUGAUCUCUUCUACCUGUGUUCUUACCAAAUUCUUGCAUCUGUUUCUGAAAAAAAAAAAAAAUAACAUGUAUCAGCUUCCAACAUAUCCACAUGGCAGAAAAGGCUUAAGUUGCUUAAACUGCAGAUUCGGCCUGAAGCCUUCAUAACGUUCAGACUCUUUCUGCUUCACUGUAAGUGAACGUCCUGAAACAGCAAGUGUUUAAAGGCCAUUUCCCCUACAUCAAAAACCCUUUAUAUUAAAUGCUUCUAUUUCUACUUGUUAAUGAUUUAAAGUUGUCUUUGGAGAUCUCUUACAUGUCCUAUUUAAUUUAAAUAAUUAUUUGACUGGUUUUGGUGGAUGAUAAAAAGCAUAGAAAAAUUGACUAUUAUUUUAUCUAAACUAUAGAUUUCAGGUGUAUUUAUUUCAUUAAGAAAAUCAGCAGAGAAAUAUUUCGUUUGUUUUUUUUUUUUUUGACUUGAGAAACUGCAACUUUUUAAUUUAUAGUAUCACUCCUACUAAAGUGCCUGACACACAGUAGGUAUUCCACAGAAUCUGCUGAAUCAGAAUAUUGAGUGGGGUAACACGGAAUAUAUAUAUAAAAUCUUUAUUUUGAGAUUCCUGCAUUAAAACACACGACUAGAUAAAGAUGUGCAAAGCGAAACCACUCGCAGUAUGUUAUUAGAUUUCAGAAAGAACAUGACAGAAGUAUGUAGCCACAGAAAUGACAAUCAUUCAUUCGCCAGAACCACUCAUUAACGUCUUUUCUCGAGAUUCAGGGAAUGCAGCUAGGAACCAUGAACUGCCUUUGGAGGCUGAUCUCGGUUAGAGGCAAAAUGGCCCACCACACAGACAACACACCAUAGCGUCCUACAGGGAGAUGGCAAGGGUAGGGAAAGAGUCAUACGAGAGAGACAGCACAAGGGACGGGGCAAAGAGAAAGGUUAGGAGAUAGAGGAGGUGAGAGGCUAGGAUACCGGUGGGGGAUCACUAUGAUGUAAUAGGAGAAAAGGACAAAUGGAGAAGAAUAAAAGUGUUGGCGGAGUUGUUGGAGCUUUGGUGUGCAGUGUAUGAGGCGUACUUGUCGUUUGUUUGGGGCUUUAUUUUAUGUGACGACUAGGACUUUAGUAUCACCAUCCCAGGACCACUAAAUAGCACUUGUCUGUAAUUUCACCGGGCCUUAAUAAUUUUGUGUGGGUUUUGUCCCUUCUAAGCUUUCCUGCACAUAUUUUUUAAUGGAUGGCUCAUUCUAGGUGCGUAGAUAUGUAGUGACUUCUUCCAAAGGAGCCUUAGGGAGACAUCUAGUUUUAGUGUGGACAAGGAUUGCAAGGGGAGAUGUUAGAGUAAGUGUGUGGUAAGGGAGCAGUGAGGAAAACCUAGCUAGACUCAAGGCAGUAAUAAAGUUUGCAGGGAUAGUAGCCUGAGAUACAAGAAAGACAAAUCCAAGAGGUGUGGAUAUCUUUGGACAUUUUUGGACUUCUUUUAGGCAUUAUUUUAUAUAUUGAGACAACCUAAAUUUCUCUUGGUCAGUAAUUGAUAUCGUCUGUGUUCAUUGGGAAGACAUUCAAAGAUUAAUGGGCCAAGGUGUAUUGUUUGCCUUUUAUGUAGUCAUGAAGACUUCGAUUUGAAAGUAUUUAUUAAUUAUCUACUUAACAUUAGCACCAAUUUUUUAGGUUGACUUUUGGACUUAUUAAUGCCUUUUCCAGUCAGAGGGGAUGGAAGAAACUCAGCCUCACACCCGUGUAGACGCUACCUUCCAAGUUACCCUUGAAACCAGCCCAUCUGGUUUGUAUUAACUCAGACAACUCUAUCUACACAUGUCCCACGAUAACUGUUUGCUAUUUGGUAAAGCAAAGUGUCCCUCCUCUGGGCACGUGUUUCUGUUAGAAUGUGCUUUCGUGGGUUGCUAACGUCCACAGGGUGUCCCUCCCCGUCCCCCUCUUUGUUCCGCUCAUUGGUCCUAUGUCUGCUGCAGAGCCAGCAGCCCACAGGACUCCUGUUCCCUCUGUCCCAGGGUCGCCCUGCCGGUCUCUCCUAAGCACUGUUCCUCUGACUGCCCUUCAUAUGUCAUGAUUUCAGGUCCGUUUCAACCCGAACUGAAUGUUAACAGACGAAACCCUUGACGUCAAGGGACCGUCUCCAUCAUACAUGUAGAGAAGCAUCUUGACGUUUAAGUGCUAAGUUUUCUCUAAAAUAUAUUCAAGAUAUAUGUUUAUUCUAUUAUUGUAAAUUUCAAUAAAUAAACAAAUAAACAAGUGAAUAAAAGGUGAAUCCUGACUUCCUUCAGUGGUCCAGUCUGGUGCCAGAGUCAUCUUGAAUCUUUUCCUUACAUUGGGAUCCGAACCUGACAUCUCCAUGUAAAACAGAUUUGCCCGUCCAUUUAUUUACUCACUUAUUCAUUCCAGCACCCAAAUAUUCCUUGGGGGGCACUUGUGUGAGGCAUUGUGUGACCUCGGCAUACAUAGGCAACUGAACAUGUUGUGUGUCUCCAGCCAAUUUACAGAUUUCUCUCUGAUCAGACUCUAGACCAGUUAUGACAUUUCCCCCAAAUUAAUUUUCCUCAGAACUACUUACUUUGCCUCUUAUCUAGUCUGUCUACAUUUUCAAGGAUCAGAUGAGCAUAUGGUCUGGGUUGGACUGUGAGGAGUAGAGUGGUUUUUGUUUCAAAGGGGAAAAGUAAUUUUUAGAUUGUUGUUGUUGUUGUUCGGCAAAUCUGCAUACAAGAGGAUCUAGGCCUGUCACAGCCCAGUUUGGAAUAUUUUGUUGCCUGACUCAGUCAGCUCAGGUUUCAGACGUUCUGCAGUAGCUGAGAACAAAGCAGAUGGAGGCAAAGAAUGGGCCACGCUGCACUCACUUAUGAAUGAAAUUGAAAGAUGUGGAAGUUUUGCAGAGUAACUAACCUUCAAGUACCGUAACUUUUACAUUAGAAACAACUUGGACUGUCAAGUCUUACAGCCCUAUCUCUUUUCGUGCACACACAAUCUUUCCGAUUUCAGUUUGCUAGUUUCAGGCCUUCGGAAGAGCCAAAUGGUAGAGGGAUAAUGUCUGUAUACUUACAAUUCAGAUAUAUUUAUUCUUAGUAUUUUAUAUCUUUUCCCUCUAUCUUCACACCACACAUACAAACACACACAAACACGCACACAACCUUCUUGUAUGAUUGUGCCAUUUGAAAUUUAUUUCUUGAGUAUAACACUUCAUUUGUAAAGUCUUAAGCUAGUAUGACGAGGAACAAAGGUGAUAUUUUCUUUAAUAUCACUUAAUAAUCCUUAUUAAAAUUUCUUCAAUUUCAAGAUAUGCUCUUUUUCGGGGCCAUUACCUCCAGUCUAGUGCUCAAACAAUGACCACAUAGGCCUUUUAGCUUUGCAUCUUAUUGAUCCUGAAUAGUUUUUCUUGCUAUAGCUCCCGUUUUUGGUCCUCACCAUCUUGACAUCUCUGAAGAGCUCAGAUCAGUUUUAUAGAAUGAGCCACAGCUUGGGUGAGGCCAGUUAUCUUCUCUCUGUGAAGCUCAGGACGAACUGGCUUUUACAGCUGUGGCUUACGGGUGAUGCUGGGUUCUAAUCUCUGAUGGAGUGUGAGAGGAUCACUAACAUUUCUGAUUCACAUUUUCUCUUAUUUUCUAAGACAGAGGUCAGCAGACUAUGGCCCAUGGGCUUAAUUCAACCCAGUGAUUGUUUAUGUUUGACCUGGCAGCAAAGAAUGA